ACCACAGGAAAAUGGCGACCGCCGGUCCUCCAGACCCCGGUUCAACCGCUCCACCAGGGUCCAGUGGAAAUCGGAAAAUGACUGUACCAGAGGCUCCAGGUUCGUCUCAGAGUAUGAAGAAGACUAUCGGUCACCGGGGCGUCAACCCCACAGGAGAGACCACCUACAAGAAGACGACCUCCUCGGCGCUGAAAGGGGCCAUUCAGCUGGGAAUCACUCACACUGUGGGCAGCCUGAGUCAGAAAGCUGAGAGAGACGUUCUCAUGCAGGACUUCUACGUGGUGGAGAGCAUCUUCUUCCCCAGUGAGGGCAGUAACUUGACUCCUGCACAUCACCACGGUGACUUCAGGUUCAAGACCUACGCCCCGAUCGCCUUCCGUUACUUCAGGGAACUGUUCGGGAUUCGUCCUGACGACUACCUGUACUCCCUGUGCAACGAUCCUCUUAUAGAGCUGUCCAAUCCAGGAGCGAGCGGCUCCGUCUUCUACGUCACCAGCGACGACGAGUUCAUCAUCAAAACAGUUCAGCACAAAGAGGCCGAGUUCCUGCAGAAGCUGCUGCCGGGAUACUUCAUGAACCUGAACCAGAACAAGCGCACGCUGCUGCCCAAGUUCUACGGUCUGUACUGCGUCCAGGCGGCCGGCAAGAACAUCCGCAUCGUGGUCAUGAACAACCUGCUGCCGCGCUCCGUGCCCAUGCACCUCAAGUUCGACCUGAAGGGCUCCACCUACAAGCGCCGCGCCUCGCCCAAAGAGAGGGACAAAAGGGCGCCGACCCACAAGGACCUGGACUUCAGUCAGGACAUGCCCGAGGGCAUCCAGCUCGAGCCGGACAAUUACAACGCCCUCAGUAAGACCAUCCAGCGGGACUGCCUGCUGCUGCAGAGCUUUAAGAUCAUGGACUACAGUCUGCUGGUGGGGAUCCAUAACGUGGAUCUGGCGAGUCGUGGGCGUACGGGCGUGGGAGACAGCUGCAGGCCGUCGGAGGGAGCCGUCACGCCCGACCAGAGGAGGCCUCAGGUCCAGAAGGCGCUCUACAGCACGGCCAUGGAGUCCAUCCAGGGAGAGGCGAGGGGGAAGGGCACGAUGGACAGCGAAGACCAGUGGGGAGGUAUUCCGGCUCGGAACAGUAAAGCAGAGAGGCUGCUGGUUUACAUCGGCAUUAUCGACAUUCUGCAGUCGUACAGAUUCAUCAAGAAGUUAGAACAUUCCUGGAAGGCGCUGGUUCAUGACGGGGACACCGUGUCCGUCCACAGGCCGAGCUUCUACGCUGAGCGAUUCCAGCGCUUCAUGUGCAACACAGUAUUCAGAAAAUCAUUGAAGUCGUCCCCAUCGAAGAAGAGUCGUUCGGGCUGUCCGAGUGUAGCCAGGAGGCUGCCCAUGGGCACUGCUCUCUCCAGCGCCCAGUCCAGCAGCCAACCGCUCCUGGACGCUCGUCUGGUCUACUAUCCUCACUUGACCUCUGACACGGACGCUGAGGGCGGUUUGCAUCUAGGCCGACCAGACCUGCUCCCCAGGAACCUGCCCGGAACCUCCAGUGAAUUCGCAGACACCAGCCUGUCCUACCUGUCCCUCCAUUCACUCAGGUCUGUCGGUGUGGAGGUGCACAAACCCGACAACAGCGCCCUCCCCAGUCUGGAAGCGGGGGUUUCGGACGAGCACGUAGACGCCGACGUCUCCGACGAGCAGAUCGAUGACGAAGACGCAGUUUCUCUCACAGACAUCAUCCCCGAGACCAACAUUUGUUUUUAAAAGACUGAAAUGUGAAAGUAAAUAAACUGAGACCCGAGAGCCGUGCGUAAGGGGAUAAAGGAAUUCCGGGAUUCUGACCGGAGGAAGGACCGCGUGCAGGACUCUCCUCUCAUCGUUUUUUGCUGCUAGACCUCCCAGCUACGACUCUACAGCUCCGCGACUGCUCCUGUACACCGACACCUCCUACGUACACGUGCACAGAACGCGGACCGCGGAAACUUUAGUGUUAUUUUUAUUAUGAGCGACUCCCGAGGUGAAGGUUCGCAUCCGUUUUUUGAGAGGGUUCGAUGGACGGUGAUCUAUUCGUAGACGAAUGGUUUUGUUGUGACCGGGAUGGUCAGGGCUUCGUACUGUAGAUUCUACUUUUAUAGGAAACAAAAACGCACCACGGACGGAUGAAUCUUCCUCUCUCAUCCUCCCUGCGGUGUCGGAACUGGUUAAACCUGAUGCUGAUAUUUUUGGAUUUUUAGGUGUGUGUGUGUGUGUGUGCGCGUGUGCGAGUCUGGCUUCGAUGCUCGGUUUGUUUUGUAUUUUGCUUUCUGUUUAGACAUAGCCAGCGUUCGCCUUACUGAAGCUUGUAGAAGAAAAAAUCAGCGUGUGCUUGCGUGUUUCGGUUCUCUCGUUUGUGUUUAUUUGUGCUCAUUUCGUGGCCAAUCGAGCGCCUCCCGUCUUUCCAAUGGACCAAUCAAGAGGCGACGGGUUUCAAUCCGUCGCUGUACUGUAUUUUUGUAAAUAGUCGUGUAUAUAUUUGUUUACUCUGCUAUUAUAAACGACUAAUAUGCUUUAGCGAAGCCUAAACUAACAAGUUCACACGUUAUGAAUGAAUUGUUUAUUAUACUUGCUUUAUUUACCAUCAGUCUUGUUCUCAGCAUGCCUUGUAUCCCCUCCAACUCCAUUUAACCCAUCGUGAACGCUUUAUAUAAAUCGAAUUACAUAAUUUCUGCUGGAUACAGAAAUUACCUGCACAGGCUGGCCGUAACGAAGCUCAAAAGCCUCACGUGAAGACGCUAAACUUUGUAUUCCUGGCCUUUUGUUGUUCCACAUUUCGGUGGUGGAGCGUUACUUUGCACAGACGGUGUAACAGAUGUUCUCACAGGGCUUUUCCGGGGGUCGUACUUCUCUACCGCAGUGUUUGAUCUGUAAAACUACACAGUGUUGUGCUCACGAAUGCUCCGUUUGUAUUUUAUUUAAGUUUUUUUUAUAUUAAUCAAACUACAGCGAUGUCGAACGGGAACACAAAACGACGUCUGAAGAGCACAGGUUACAGAGCUGCAGCGGGAAUACACUAAAUGACUGACGUUCCCGUUUAUUCCUACCAAGUUUCCAACAUCCAGUGACGUGUGGCCUCACUACACACUCCUGCUUUGUAUCCAGUGUUGGGUUUUUUAUCAUUAUUAUUAUUAUUAUUAUUAUUAUUAUUAUUCCUUAUAUUUAUACUUGCAUCCUCAAAUGAAAACAAAAGAUUGUAAAACACUCGAGAUCGUGUCUGUAAUCCAGCCAAGUUUAAAUAAAAGAAAUGUUUAAAGUC